AUGUCAAUCAAACUUUAUCGUUUUAUGGAGCUUCUUGCUCAACAUUCACCAGCAAUGAAUCAUCAAACAGAAUUAGAUCGACUGUCUAUGGCCGAUCCGUUUGAUCCAAAUGUACAACGACGAAUUGAAGAAUUAUUACAUAUGCAAAAUGUUCAAGAUAAUAUGGAACAUGCAUUAGAACAUAUGCCAGAAGUAUUUGGACAUGUUGUUAUGUUAUAUAUUAAUUGUAAAGUUAAUGGACAUCUUGUUAAAGCAUUUGUUGAUUCAGGUGCUCAAAUGACAAUAAUGAGUCGAACAUGUGCUGAACGUUGUGGUAUUAUGCGUUUGAUUGAUAAACGAUGGAGUGGUAUUGCCAAAGGUGUUGGUACACAAAAAAUAAUUGGACGUAUUCAUCUUGCUCAAAUUGAAGUUGAAAAAGCAUUUUUGACAACAGCAUUUUCUGUAUUAGAAGAUCAAUCAAUGGAUAUGUUAUUAGGAUUAGAUAUUUUAAAAAGACAUCAAUGUAUAAUUGAUUUACAUAGAGAUACUUUACGUAUUGGUUCAGCAAAUAUUGAAACAAAAUUUUUAUCAGAAAAUGAAUUACCUGAGAAUGCGAAAUUGACUGAAUCUAUUCCCAUGAGUAAUAUGAUCGAACAUGAAGAUAGAAAUUUUGCUCAAGCAUUAGCAAGAUCAGCAGCAGAUGUUGGAGAUGUUAAAUCAAGUUCACAACCAGCAACAACGUCAGCAGCUACCAAUUUAGAGCAACCAUCCUCUGAAUAUUCUGAACAAUCAAUAACACAGAUAAUCAAGCAGGGUUUCACUCGAGAACAAGCUAUCAAUGAAUUAAAAUUAUUUCAAGGUGAUGUAAAUAAAGCGUUAACAUCAUUAAUGACAAAAUCACUUUUAAUACCAAAAAGAAAACGUUAA